GUUCGGCCAGUCUCAGUACAUCGCUGCGCGCCAACAAGCGCCGGCUGCGUGCGUACUGGCACAACACACGCCAUCGAACGCAAAAGUCAAUGAAAAUUCAAAAUAAGAAUCAUCGAACGUCUAUGAAUGUCAUUGCUCUGAGCGAUUCAAAAAAUAUUUCUAUGUUCCAAAUACGAAUGUAUUCGUAGUGGUAUUUUGUGCAGUAGGCAUUGUGUGUUUUUUUUUUGUUUUGUGAAAGAUUUACUGUUAGUGAUUGUUUUGUGAGUUACACAAAGAAAGCUUAACCAAGAUGGAUUUGGAGUUUCGGAAUUUAACAUACACCGUCCAAAACCGGUUUCCUAAGGGACCGCGGAAGGUGGUGGUCAAGGGUGUGGAUGGAAGGUUCACAUCAGGCCAGCUGGUAGCCAUCAUGGGACCUUCGGGAGCUGGCAAGAGCUCGCUACUCAAUGCUUUGUCUGGAUACAGAUCUGCAGGUGUAUCAGGAGAACUUCUGGUAAAUGGGCAGCCAAGAGACGAGCAUCAUUUCCAGAGAUCGUCCUGUUACAUUACCCAAGAGGAUUUACUCCAGCCAUUGCUGACAGUUCGCGAAGCCAUGGAUGUGGCAGCCAGGUUGAAAGCACCCAAAGGAUCUAAAGCACCUUCAGAAGAGAUUUUGCAAGAAAUGGGCCUUUUGGAACAUCAGCACACGAGAACAGAUAUGUUAUCGGGAGGACAAAAAAAGAGGUUAUCAAUAGCAUUAGAAUUAGUCAACAACCCUCCAAUAUUCUUCCUGGACGAGCCUACAAGUGGAUUGGACACAGUCACAACAACACAGUGUGUGAAAGUGCUAAAACAAUUGGCAAGGCAAGGAAGGACCGUCGUGUGCACUAUACAUCAGCCCGCGGCUUCGCUGUUGGAGAUGUUCGAUCAGGUUUACGUGAUAGCUGAUGGCUACUGCAUAUACCAGGGCGACACAAAAGCGAUGGUACCCUUCCUACAGACCGUUGGCUUGCCCUGUCCUAGGCAUUAUAACCCAGCUGAUUUUAUCAUAGAACUAACAGAAACACCAGAAUUUAUAAACCUACUAUCCAAAGAGAUUAUGAACGGAAAAGUUUACAAAUCAGUCAAACUGGACCAAGAGCAGGCUGCACCAAACACAACACAGAUGCAGUUGAAGAUCAGUUACGAAACAGAGGAUGCCAACGAGACAGAAAUAAUCCUAUCAAAUGAAAAGUGCUCCUACAAAGUGCAAAAAUACGAAGGAUCAAGUGGCUCCGUAAGUUCGCUGUCCAGUCAGCUGUCGAAUGGAAAUUCUUCGAUAGCUUGGAUGAGGAUGCAGAAACCAGACGCGAAGAAAUAUUCGGCGACGUUUUUUGAACAGUUUUCGAUUCUGCUGCAGAGGAUGUUGACACAGAUUUUUAGGAAUAGACCAGGUCUCUGCAUCCAGUUCAUUCACCACGUGAUGUGUGGCUUACUAGUGGGGAUCUGCUUCUUCAACAUGGCGAACGACGGCACGCAGAUGUUCAACCACCUCAAGCUGUGUGUGGGGCUCGUCAUAUUCUUUGCGUAUACGCAGAUCAUGGUGCCAGUUCUUGUAUAUCCCCAAGAAGUGAAACUAGUAAAGAAAGAGCACUUCAACUGCUGGUACAGCCUGACUCCAUACUACGCUGCAUUAACAGUGUCCAAGCUUCCCGUACAAGUGACUUUCAACAUCAUAUUCUCGACCAUCGUGUAUUUUAUGGCUGGAGUACCGUUUUCUGUAAUGAGGUUCCUUGCCUUCUGCCUCGUGGGGAACGUUGUGUCUUUGGCAGCUGAAGGCAUGGGGAUGGCGAUUGGCUCUGUGUUUAAUGUUACGAAUGGAUGCGCUAUCGGUCCUUCAGCCAUCGCUCCAUUCCUUGGCCUCGCCAUCUACGGAUUCGACUUCGCACACGAGAUACCUCUUCUUAUGAACAUCCUCAUGAAAACCUCUUUUAUCAGAUGCGGUAUAGUCGCCAUGGUUCUUACAAUUUUUGGCUUUGACAGACAACCAUUAGAUUGUGAAGACAUGUAUUGCCAUUUCGCCAAACCAGAGGUUUUGAUCAAAUACUUAGAUAUAGAGAACAGUUCAGUUUGGCUAGAAAUAGCAACAAUGUUGGGUAUUAUGUUGGUCUUCCGAUCUAUGUGUUACAUCGGCCUAAGAUGGCGAUUCGCUACAUGAUUUAUAUAACCAUAGAGCCUUGUACGCGUCCCUUCAAAUUGUGAUAUAAGCAUUACACGUUUCUGUUAGUACAAAAUUAUUAUGUUCUUGUGAUCAGUUUAUGUUAAAUUAUUGUUUAAGAUUUAGGUAUUUAUGUCACGUAAUAUUUUUAAUUAUAGUUAGUUUGUAUUCACAUUUACUCCGAACGGGUGUUUGUCUCGAAUUUUAGAAGUUAUGUUAUUUAAAUUAUUGUAAAACGUUGAAUAGAAAUCGCGAUAAGUGUCUUUAUGGGAACUUUACACCUAAUCAUUAAAAUAUAUGGGUAAUGGUAUAUAAUCUUGGGUAAUGUACAGCCAAAGAUACCUAAUAUACAUACAUCUGUGACUGAUUGUUAGUUAUAACAAGGCAGUAUGCUCAUUUCUCUUGCCGUAAAUUUAAACUACAUAAGUAUAAAUAUAUAAUCUAAAUAAAUGGAUUUAAUCAUCUUGUGGUAGUAUAUACUUAAAUCAUUUUUUAAUUAUACAAUCAUGACCAUCAGGAUUCAUGAUCAUCAGGAUUAAGAGGAAAAAGUUAUACAUUUAAGACACCAUUUCUUAGGAACAUUUUAUAUUAGUUGGUUUAUGUUAAGUUAGUGUUCUGUAAAUACUAGAAAUAAGAAUGCUCGUCUUAGAUAUUAUUUGGUUAAAAUGUGUUAAUUUUGGGACCAUUAUUUUGUGUGAUAUUUAUAAACAUAUGAAACCCAGUACUUUAAUGAAAUGUAUGUUAUUUUAAUUUCACCUUUGGUGUUGGCAUUUGAUGACUGUGUAAUGGAAAAUUAUAUGACAAAUCAGGUGUAGAAAGAAGCUUUUUCCAACUAGCGGAUUUUUGCGUAUAGGUACAGAUGCCAGUAGAACCUAUCAGAAUUUCUACCAAUCGAACAUUAACAUUUCACUGUUGUGAUAAGGUUGCAAAUCUAUUGAAGAAAUUUGACAGAUUUGGGUUGGUGUGUCUGAAGCUAGUCUCGGUUCUUCUACGCCUGACAAGGGUGAAAAUUCUCUGUAAGAAUGUUAUUAGUUAUUAUUUUGGGUAUUAUUUGUAAUCGUAGGUAUGUCGCAUACCAAAACUUUAAAUUUCUUAAGAAAUAAAAGAAAAUUUAUAAGUAUGUUACGUGCUUAAAUGCAAGAAUUUUGUCGCAGUGACAUUCGGAUAUAAAAUUAAACUUUCUGUCACUCAUUCCUAUUAAAUUAUAUAGAAAAUAAAAUUAGUAAUGGUAAACGGUAAUUUAGAUUUAAAAGCUGUCACACAGCGUUAAAUAAACGUGAUAUCUUUAAUUUAUGAUAAAUAUAUUAUAGCUUUUAGUGUAUGUAAAUAUAUUUGGCAUUGAAUAAAGUCCACUUUUGCAAAAUACCACUGCAUAUGCAGCCAAUUAUGUACUUUCCUGGACUAUUUAAAGAUAUCAAACAGCGAUUACAUAAGCCCUUAGUGGAGUUAAAUUAAAGCUGUUACUUUUACGAUUCUGGACCUUAUUAAAAGGACUUAUUCCUUUUAAUAAGGUCCAGAAUCGUAAAAGUUUGUUAAAUAAGUGGUGUUGUUUUAGGAAAAAAACUAUACACGUAGUAUAGAUGACAUCAUCUCAUUGCCAACAAGGCAAAAUAUACUCUAUUAGCGAUGCUUACAACUUAUACUAAUUUGGUAUUUUGAUCAGAUGGUUUAAGGUUCAGUUUUCUUCAGCAGUUAGAAACUGGUUGAUUGCAAGGGCAAGUGAAAACCGUGAUAAAAAUAGUAAUGUUUAAAACAGUGAUAUUAUAAAUUUGAUUUAAAACAAAUGACGGGUUCCAUUCGCCUAAUCUGUGAAUAAGGUAUCUUUUUGUACUUUUAUAUGAAAUCGAAACAAAAUAUAAAUUGACAAGUAAA